ACUAUAUAGUGCUCUAAGCUGGGAUGUUACAACCACGUGUCCGUGACACACGUGACCUUGCGCGACGCGUGUACUGCAAUAAUCUCCUCUCCUCUGCGCCAUGUAACUCUAGAAUUCACAUAUCUCUUACAACUCACCUUUACCAUGACGGACCUUACAUUUUGUUACCUCCACAUGUCAAAAUAUGAUCUCGCAGUCAUAGAUACUCUUGAAACGACGGAGUACAUCAAGACAGACCUUGCAGACGACGAGCUCGAUAUCCCAAGUUACAUGAUCCCCCCAAAUCCAGAGGAUGCUGAUAUGCUUCCUUCUCAGGUACACCCAUCCUAUCCUUACGGGAACCCCACAAAUACCAAACACCCCGCGGCGAAGCCAAGGCCGCCCUACGACCCAACAUCGCGUGCGCUAUAUGAGGACAUGGGGUACGAAGGAGGAGGUGUGGCUGGUGCACUUCGUUGGAAGGAUAUGGCACUCGAGGUACUGCUCCCUACUGAUGAGGCAAAGGAAAUGUCUGAGAAGGCUGCCAAAGCUCGGAAAAUGGCUAGUGGUGCUGGCAAUCAUGGUCAGCAGCCUCAACCACCACCUCCUACUCUCGCACAAGAUGAUCAUACCGUCGAAGAGGAGGAAGAAGGUGAAGGCGACGAAGAUGAAGACGAAAAUGACGAGAAUGAAAAUGAUGAUGAGGAGGAAGGAAGUGAGGAAGAGGAGGAAUGAAUGAUCAUGUAAUGUUAUCCUCUGGCCGUUACCGUAGUCACCAAUGUUUCGCCUACGUGAUCCUGCAGCAAAUCUUUGGGGUCGCCCUCUUGUUCCACAGACCAUUCGUAUGCUUCUAACAGAAUCGUGUCGGUCAAGGGAACAGAAUAAGAAGCAAGGACUGA